AUUCAUUCCCAUCCUUGUCUCCAUCCCCAUUCUCUUCCCCAUCCCAUCAUGAGAAAUCCCAGCCUUUCCAACACCUCCAUUCCCUCUCUAUCCUUUGUUCCCCUCCUGGAAAAACUAGGCCUAAGCAUAUUAUAAAUGUAAUUGUUAUUAUAAAUGUAAUCAUUACUAUAAAUGUAAUCAUUAUUAUAAAUUUAACAAUUGUUGUAAAUGCCAUCCCAUGAGCAAUGGCAGCAUCACUUACCCCCUCCAUGCCCCCCCAUCUCUGUUCCCCUCCUGGUAUCAAUUAGGCCUAAUAGAUUAUAAAUGUAAUAAUAUUAAUCAUUGUAAAACCCCUCAUGAGCAGUCGGAGCAUCUCCCCUUCAAGAAUUACAGCAUCACCCAGUUCCUCUAUCCCCUAUUCCCCUCCUGGAUAAAUUAGGCCUAAAUACAGAAAUGUAAUAAGUCAAUAAAUUUAAGGUAUAAAUGAUUAUAAAUACCCCCCAUCAGCGAUCCCAGCAUCCCUACCACCUGCUGGAUAAACCAGUAAUAAUUUAAUAUCAAAUUCUAAUCAAUACAUUAUAAACCCCCCCCCACCCCUGCACCUUCCAAUUCUCCCACCAUUCUUUUUUUUCCUUGCCCUUUUCCCCCAGGGCUCCACAGGCUGUGUCAGGGUGAGUUUUAUCUGGAGGUGAUGGAGAGGGGCCCCAAAUUUGAGAUAAAGCCCCCCGGGGCCGGCCCCAGCCGCUAUCGGCUCCACGCACGGGGCCGAUCUUUCAUGGGGAGAUAUCCAUGGGAAGAGCCCUGCCUGGGAUGCUGCAGCCAGGCUGAUAGGGGAGAGGGCCGAUUUGUACUCAAAAAAGCCCCUUUUCCUCCCAAACUGGACCCCAGGCUAUUGGAAUUUAGCGCAGCAUCAGCGAGGGGAGAUCUCCCGUUACCGAAACCCCGUUUGUCCCGGCUUGGCGUUCCCCAUCCGCAGGGAACGGGCUCGGGAGCAGCCGAGGUCGCUGGUAAAACAAACAUUGGUAGGGCCCAGGGAGGAAUUGGGUGAGAAGAGCGGGCGGGUGGCCCAUCAGAUAGCGGGAUUUGCAGCCCGGGUUGUUCUCCGGGUGUUCCUGGCAGCGGGGCGGGCAUGGCACAGCCCCGCCACCGGACCCUGGACGCUCCAGACCCCACCAAACCUCCUUGGCUAAAAGGGCAGCUGGGACUGGCUCCAGGAGCAUCUUUCCCUGAGGGAUACUGGUUCCCUGGCAGCGAUGGAGGAAGGCGAGGAUGCCCCGGUGGGGGACAGGAGCCCCUCAGAGAGGGACGGGGCCACCUCGGACUGCGAGGGCUCCGCCGAGCGCGACACCUCCAGCCCCCCCGGCAGUGAAGAGUCCAGAGAUGCUCUGGAGAGCCCGAAGGAGCUGGAGAAGCCAGAUCCUGGAGAAAACCCCCAGGAACCAGAGAUCUGGAAUGGGCCAGAUGAGCUGGAUCUGGAGGUGCGGGACGGGCAGAGACGGGUGCGGACCCGCAGGAGCCUCCCCGAGGGCUUCUCCUGGGGCCCCUUCCAGGGCAGCAUCCACAGCGAGCCGGCAUCGCCGGGGCACGGCGACACGAGCCCCCCCGUGACGCUGGUGCUGGGGGACGAGAGCUGCUGGCUGUCCCGCCUGCCCCUCGUGCCCGGAGAGCCCGAUGCCAACGCCGUCAUCUACAGGAAGGACGAAGCCCUGUGGUGCCGCACGACGCGCCCGCUGCGGGAGGACGAGCCCCUGAGCGCCUUCGUGGUGGCAGAGCCACCAGCCGUCCCCAACCACGGGGUGAAAGCGGAGCCGGGCGAGUCCCCGUACCCGGCGGCGCUGCACUCGGACAUCCAGCUGCUGCCGCAGCAGGCAGGCAUGGCCGCCAUCCUGGCCACCGCCGUGGUCAACAAGGACGUGUUCCCCUGCAAGGACUGCGGGAUCUGGUACCGGAGCGAGCGCAACCUCCAGGCCCACCUGAUGUACUACUGUGCCAGCCGGCAGAGCGCCGGCGCCGGCUCCCCGGCCCUGGACGAGAAGCCCAAGGAGACGUAUCCCAACGAGAGGGUCUGCCCCUUCCCACAGUGCAAGAAGAGCUGUCCCAGUGCCAGCUCCCUGGAGAUCCACAUGCGGAGCCAUAGCGGAGAGCGGCCGUUUGUCUGCCUCAUCUGCCUGUCCGCCUUCACCACCAAAGCCAACUGUGAGCGGCACCUGAAGGUGCACACGGACACCUUGAACGGUGUCUGCCACAGCUGUGGCUUCAUCUCCACCACGAGGGACAUCCUGUACAGCCACCUGGUCACCAACCACAUGAUCUGCCAGCCGGGCUCCAAGGGCGAGGUGUUCUCACCCGGAUCAGCCCUUCCUGCUGCCAAACCCCUCGCUCCCGGGCUGAGCCAGCCGAACAACUCGUCCCUGCGGAAGUGCAGCCUGAGCGCGUUCCUGCCCGAGGCGCUGCCGGCCCUGCCGCAGCACGUGGUGCUGCCCGGCCCCGACCCCGCACCGCUACCGGCACCGCCCGCCUCGCCCCCCGACCCCAGGGCCGGAAAACUCUCACCCCCCGCCCAGCCGCAGAACGGGGAAGGGCCUUCAUCGGCGUCCUCCUCCUCCUCUUCCUCCUCCUCCGCGUCCGGCGAGCCCGUGCGCAUCAAGGAGGAGCCGGCCGGCAGCCCGGGCAGCGAGGCGGAGGCGCCGAAGAGCGGGGAGGGGGCCGGCAGCCCCGACGCCGGCUCCCGGACCUCGUCCCCCCGCAGCCUGUCCUCGGCCAAGGUCAAGUCGGAGCUCGCCAGCCCCACGCCGGGCUCCAGCCCCGUGCCCAGCGAGCCGGGGACGGGCACGGCGGGCGGCACCGUCUUCCUCCCGCAGUAUGUGUUCGGCCACGAGGCCGCGGUGGUGCCGCAGGCGUCGGAGAUCCUGGCGAAGAUGUCGGAGCUGGUGCACAGCCGGCUGAAGCAGGGCCACGGGGGCGCGGUGCCACCCGCCAUCUACACGGGCACGCCGGUGCCCAAGGGGGCCACCUGCUUCGAGUGCGAGAUCACCUUCAACAACAUCAACAACUACUACGUGCACAAGCGCCUGUACUGCUCCAGCCGGCACCUGGCCGAGGACAGUCCCCCCGGGGCACGCAAGCUCAAAGCCGCCCCCGGGGCGCCCAAGGGGACGCUGCUGUCCCCCCCGGCGGGGAACGGGCAGGGCCCGGCAGCGGGGGACGGGGACGCCGGGCGCGAUGCCACCCCGCCGGCCGCCGCGCCGGAGGGCAAGGCUGAAGAGGGGGGCACCAAAGCGGGGUCCCCUGAGGCCGAGGGGGGGUCGGGGCGGUGCAGCGAGGACAGCCAGAGCCCCGGCAGCUCGGCGGGGGACGAUGGGGACGAGGACCCCAGCAAGACGCUGUGCGAGGCGUGCAACAUCCGCUUCAGCCGCCACGAGACCUACGUGGUGCACAAGCGCUUCUACUGCGCCUCCCGGCACGACCCCCCCGUGCGCCGCCCCGCCGCCCCCAAAGUGCCCUUCGUGCCGCAGCCGCUGCGCACCCGCAAGCGCCGCAAGCUCUACGAGAUCCACGGCGCCGCUCGCCGCCCCGCCGAGCCCCCGCCGGCACCGGAGCCCCCGCCCGCAGAGCCGCCCGCCGCCGAGCCCCGCGCCAGCCCCGACGCCGAGGGACCCAUCGACCUGAGCAAGAAGCCGCGGUGGCAGAGCGAGCCGGCACCGGCACCGGCACCGGCACCGGCCCCGGCCCCGCUGCUGCCCCUCGCCGAUUACCACGAGUGCACCGCGUGCCGCAUCAGCUUCAACAGCCUGGACGCGUACCUGGCGCACAAGAAGUACCAGUGCCCGGCCACGCCGCUGCAGCCCCGCACCCUCGAGCACCUGCAGAAGAUGAAGGGGGCCAUGGGCGCCCCCCUCAAGGGCCGGCACAGCCCCGGCAGCCCCGGCGAGGGGGACCCCGAAGGAGGGGUGCGGGUGAGGGCGGCCCCGGCGGGGAGCCCCGGCAUCCCCUACCCCGGGGCGGACUCGCUGCAGCGUCACCCCAAGUGUCCCCUGCCGCCUCCGGGGACCAAGGGUCCCCUCGCCGCCUGUCCCUACUGUCCCCUCAACGGGGCCAUCAAGGGCGACCUCCUGGAGCACUUCCGAAACGCCCACGGGCUCUUCGUGGCCAAGCCGCCGGCGGGGGCCGGGCCGGGGCUCCCGGACGCGCUGGCCCCCGGUGGCAGCAGGACGCCCGAGCCCCCGCUGCCCGCGGCGUCCCCCCCUCGCCCGCCCGGCCCCCGCCUGCGCCGGGACAGCCUCACCGCCAAGGAGGGCCGGGACAGCCCCCGGCCCCCCGGCUCCCCCCGGGCCCCCGCCUCGCCCGGAGCCCCCGAGGGACUGCGGGAAGCCGCCCGCAAGCCCCCCACGCCCCCCGCCUACACGGACAGGGGGGUGCAGACCCCCCCGGCCAAGGCUGUGCCCGGCCCGGUGCCCAACGGCAACCACAGGUACUGUCGCCUCUGCAACAUCAAGUUCAGCAGCCUGUCCACCUUCAUCGCCCACAAGAAGUAUUACUGCUCCUCCCACGCCGCCGAGCACGUCAAGUAACCCCCACAGAGCCCCCCAGAGCCCCCCAGCACCUCUCGGGAGGCUGCAGGGGCUGGGGGAUGGAACCUGUGCCUGACACCCCCCCCUCCGUGGAGGGGUCGGGGUGAUGGAGGACCCCCCCCGGGAGGCUCCACCGGGGCAGCUUUGGCAUCUGGAGCCCCAAAGUUCGCCCGUGUUGGGGGUGAGGACCCUGGUGGUGGGGGGUCAGCCCCCACCUGUGCCCCGGGGGGAAACUGAGGCAGGGGGAUGGCCCUGCCCUGGGGGCUGCAGGGGGCUUUUCCCCCAGGUAGACACUACGGGGCUGCGGUGGGGGUGUGGGGGGCACGGGCUUGGCCCCAGCACCCCAGGAAAUCUGGGGGUGCCCCCACCGCAGGGCGGAGCCAGCACUGGGAACUGUGUGUAUAAGUGUGUACAGAAAUAAAUAUGUCUGCUAAA